CCUCGACGCAGGUGACGUGAGCGCGGUCCACGUGACUAGGGGUGUGUUCCGGCGGUUCAGUUUUACUGCACUCUACUCCGUACAGCCAGCCCGCCUGGCCCCAAGUUUUCACCAGCACCUCAUUGUUAGCAACGAUGCUCCAACAUCGUGUGACAGUUUGGCGACCUCGGUCUGCUAGACUGCUCGAUCGGACAUUGCCGCUUGUCCGCCGGUUCUCUGCCAUCCAGCAACGAGCGACGGACAAACCGCCGCAGCGAUUCGAUAAUACAAAGUGGAUCCGUUCUGAAGAUGGCAAUUCUCGCCCCCCGAGAACUGGUUCGAAGCCUGCGAACUCUGAACGCCCCGGCGCUCGACGAGUCUUCGACGCACGAUCUCUCGCAGCUCCCAGGGCCGGUGGCCAGCCUGCAAAUGUUAUAAGAAAUCCCCGGCUCCGGAACCCUCGUAGUGGUUCCCCAGCAUACGGACGUGGGCCCCGGCCUCCUUUCAGACCCGCCGCCCCGAAGAAGAAAGAACCUCGCAAACGAACCGCCCGACCACAAGACUUGGAGGAAGGGGGAGAGAUGCAAAAGUCCGAAAUCGAACAAGCCUAUCGCAAACUCGCAGAGCGAACAAAACUUUCCCCGAGCCAUUAUAAUCCCCAGCCCCCCACGCUGUCCAAUCUGGAAAGAACAUUGCCUUCUUUCCCAACGAAUUCAGGCGCUCAUCAUUCCGCAGUCCUCGAGAAGCUGCUACGCCUAAGCGAUCGCACCCCAAAUGGAUAUAUUCCACCUCAUGAGCUUGGUCAGCGGCUUUUGAAUGGACAAUAUGUUCACUUUUUGGACGAGGAAGAGAAAUCUCAGGCCCUGGUGGAAGCCCAGAAGCUUUCGCAACAGCGUGCGGAUGCUUAUUCACAGCGCAAAGGCGAGCUUGUGGAACCGGAGAAGGUAGACCUUGCACCGAUAAACACGGACGACCGGGCAUUUCUGUUACAGUCUUUGGUUCAAGGAAAAUACACCAAAGAUGAACAUGUUGGCAAGUCUGCCGUGGUUGGCGAAGUCAUCAGGAAUCUUGCCAACAAUGAGACAUAUCAAACAAGCGGCAAGAGCGCGCAGUUUGUGUCCAAACUUGAAUCUCUUAUGGCGUCAAGUCGUCCUAUGAAGCGUGCGUGAGGAUAUACUGAAGUUUGCAGAAGCAAGAAUGUCUGAAUGUAAAUGGAGUGGUUUGUACUAGAAGAUUUA